AUGUUUGAAGAAGCCAGUGAAGUGUUCGAUAACAUGUUCAAGUCCUCCUUCCCCCUCACCUUCAUCGUGUUCAUCCCCGCGGUGCUGAUCCUGGUGUCCCCGCUCCAGGCCGAGGCAGCGCACGAGUUCACCGUGUACCGCAUGCAGCAGUACGACCUGCAAGGACAAGCCUACGGUACCAGAAAUGCUAUCCUGAACACAGAAGCUCGCACUGUCGAGGCGGAGGUACUAAGUCGUCGCUGUGUGAUCAUGAAACUGGCAGACUUUUCAUAUGAGAAGUACCAGAAGGCUUUGCGGCAGUCCGCGGGGGCUGUGGUCAUAAUUCUGCCUAAAAACAUGUCUGCUCUUCCCCAAGACAUUGUACAGGAAUUCAUGGAGUUGGAGCCAGAAAUGUUGGCUACAGAAACUAUAAUCCCAGUGUAUUUUGCUGUGGAAGAUGACGAGCUCCUGUCCAUCUACACACAAACUCUCACCUCCUCCACAUCCCAAGGCUCGCUAUCAGCAGCUGAAGUGUUACUUCACACGGCCACAGCUAAUGGCUUUCAGAUGGUCACCAGUGGAGCUCAGAGCAAAGCUGUGAAUGACUGGGCCAUCACCAGUUUAGAGGGUCGUCUGGCAGGAGUUGGUGGAGAAGAUUUGCCCACAAUUGUUGUAGUUGCUCAUUACGAUUCAUUUGGUGUGGCUCCUUGGCUGUCGUAUGGAGCAGAUUCAAAUGGCAGUGGUGUGUCUGUAUUACUGGAGUUGGCUCGUCUCUUUUCGAAACUUUACACGUACAAGAGGACACACGCUGGAUAUAAUUUGCUAUUCUUUUUAUCUGGUGGUGGAAAAUUCAACUACCAGGGCACCAAACGCUGGCUGGAAGACAACUUAGACCAUACAGACUCAAGUCUGCUCCAAGACAAUGUGGCUUUUGUGUUGUGUCUCGACACUUUGGGCAAUGGAGACUCGCUACAUCUCCAUGUUUCCAAGCCUCCCAAAGAGGGCAGUCCUCAGCACCAGCUGUUGAAAGAGCUUGAGAUGGUUGUGGCCAGCCAGUACCCUGAGGUCAAGUUCUCCAUGGUCCACAAAAAGAUCAACCUGGCAGAUGACAUGUUGGCCUGGGAGCACGAGCGCUUUGGUAUUCGCCGCCUGCCUGCAUUCACCCUGUCGCACUUGCCCUCUCACCGCCUCGCUCGGCGCUCCAGCAUCAUGGAUGUGCGGUCAGUGUCCCCCUCCUCUCAUUACGGAGUGGGAGAGCCCCCUGCUGGGCCUCAUGUUGAUGUGCAGAAACUUGGUAGAAACACAAAAAUUGUUGCAGAGGCUCUUGCCAGAGUUAUUUAUAAUCUCACCGAUAAGGGGGCGCCAGGACAGCUGCAGAUCUUCACUGAACAAAUGCAGGUGCAGGAGGAGCAGCUCUCUGCAGUGGUGGACUGGCUCACAGCUCAGCCUCGAGCGGCACAGUUAGUCGAUAAAGACAGCAGUGUUGUUUCCACACUGGAGUAUCAUCUCACACGCCACCUCAAGGAUGUGAAGAAACAUUAUGUGAAGGCGGACAAGAGAGAUCCUGAGUUUGUGUUUUAUGACCAGCUGAAGCAAACAAUGAAUGCAUACAGAGUGAAGCCGGCCAUUUUUGAUCUGCUGCUUGCAGUUUGUAUCGCGGCAUACUUGGGUGUAAUGUAUCUUGCAAUUCAGAACUUUGGAGUUUUGUACAGUGUGGUCCGUAGAGUUACCCAGCCUAAAACAAAGUCUCACUAA